AUGGCUACCCCUACCCCGGACGUCACCGACCCGGUGACGGAGACGUUAUCGACGAUAGCGUCGGUGUCCACGUCCCUCUUGGAAACGAUAUUGUCUUCGUCAACAGAGGCGCUGUCGACAACAUCAACGCAGGCUGCCACGACAACGAGCAGCAGCGCAGCCGAGGCGCCUACUGGGCCAACAGACGGGCGGCCAGGAUCAGGACAGCAGGACCGUGGAAUAAGUUUAGUGGCUUUUGUGACUGCAUUGGCCGCUUCGUUGAUUGUUUUCGGAGUGCAGAUGGGCUUCUUUUUGCUAUUACGGAACAAGCUGGUCAGAAUCUUGUGCGCGCUAACUGGGUACCGCGAUGAUAGCAAGCCGAAAACCUACCUGGUUCCCGAACGCGAAAGAACAGAACCACCACCCGCCAGCCAUUUUGCACUCAUUUAUAAGCUCAUGGCGUUCAGGGAUCGCGAGAUCAUCAAGAAAUGUGGACUCGACGCCUACUUCUUCCUACGAUAUCUACAGACUUUACUGAUCAUCUUUAUUCCUAUCGCUCUCGUCGUCAUUCCGAUCUUGGUACCUAUCAACUUUGUGGGCGGACUCGGCAAAUCGGUUGUUGAGGAUUUGAAGGAUGAUGAUGGCAACCCUAUCAACAAGACUAAUCUAGACCUGCCAACCGGAUUAGACACGCUAGCCUGGGGUAACGUUCCCCCGGAAAAGCAACAUCGGAGAUGGGCUCAUCUGAUCCUUGCGCUUCUUGUCAUUAUCUGGGUCUGCGGUGUGUUCUUCUUCGAACUUCGCGUAUACGUCAAGAUCCGACAGGACUACUUGACCAGCGCCGAACACAGAUUACGAGCCUCGGCGAAUACGGUCCUUGUGAGCUCCAUACCGGACAAGUGGCUCAGCGAAGAGGCCCUGAGAGGUCUAUUUGAUGUGUUUCCGGGGGGCAUUAGAAAUGUCUGGUUGACGCGGGAUUUCACACCACUCCUCGCCAAAAUUCACAAACGCGAUGCUAUUCACAAGCAACUCGAGGCAGCCGAGAGCGACCUCAUCCGGGAGGCGAAGCGCAGGCAGUUGAGACAGGCUAAGGAAGGCGGACUGAGGCAGCGCUUCACUUCUGAAGGCAGAGCAAAUAAAGUUCAACGAGCACAACAAGCAAAGGCUCAGAACUUGGAGGCUCAACGGCGCGCUGAAGGCCCCGGAGGCUUGAGCGCCAACACUCCAAGAAUCCCGCACAGUGUGCAAGAAGAGGUGGCGGAGGAAAAGAAGCCGGAGGGCGAUCUCACUGAUGUGCAGGAGGAGGGAUCCGAGGAUACCGAGGCCGAUAAUCAGCGCGGCAAUCCUCUCACCAAAAUUGGACGCGGCUUGGGUAAGGGCCUGGGCAAGGGCGCCGCGGUGGUCAGCGGGGCCGGACUAGGUAUUCUCGGAGGAGCAAAGGCUGUCGGAAAAGGCAUCGACAAUGAGUUGGAAAGGUUUGGAGGGUUCACCGUGAUCAAUCAACCCGAGGGGCGAGCUCCGUCUCCUGGUAACUCGCCCACCUCGGAUGUUUCGUCCCCACGAAGAGCCCAGAUUGCCGUCGACGAGGACGACAAGCCUAGAACGUCGUACGCCUCCGAGAGGCCACUUACCCAGUCCACCAGGCAUCAACACACGACAUCCAACGCCACCAACGAGACCGACUCAAGGCACGACGAUUUUAACCCCAGAAGCUUUGGAAACACAACUCGAAAGGCUACCAACAUGGACGAGAUGAUUGUGAAUAAGAAGACGUAUUGGUUCCAGUUUUGGAAGCCACCAACUGGCAGCUAUGCAUCCCCAAUCCCCCAGGGGUACGAGGGUGGCGAGUACCCGUGGAUCAAGACAGAGAAGAAGUCAUUCUGGGAGAAAUUCAAGAGCUCAUUGCCUUGGGUCGAAGAUGAAUCCGAUCCGGUGGAAUACCCACCGGCUUAUAACUACGACUACAGGACGCACCCAGAAGAUGGUGCUGAGUGGACGAAGUGGCUCAAACCAAAGAACCGCCCACAACACCGUGUCGCGAAUUUCGAUUGGACCCCUGACUGGUUGCCUGGUCUGCCUUUCAUCAACAAGAAAGUCGACACCAUCUACUGGUGCAGAGAACAGCUGGCCCAACUCAACAUGGAGAUUGAGCAAGACCAGCAAAACCCCGAACGCUACCCUGUCAUGAACUCGGCGUUCAUCCAGUUCAAUCAUCAAGUGGCUGCCCAUAUGGCUUGCCAGUCAGUAACUCACCACGUACCGAAACACAUGGCACCCCGUAUGGUUGAGAUAUCGCCCGACGAUGUCAUCUGGGACAACAUGGCCAUAAUGUGGUGGAGCGCAUGGCUUCGAAGGGCGGUUGUGUUUCUUGUCGUGGCAGGCAUGAUUAUCCUCUGGGCUAUCCCCGUUGCCUGGACAGCCUCGCUGUCACAAAUAGACGCGUUGCUCAAGCAAUAUCCGUGGCUUAGCUUCAUUAACAGCAGCGAGACACUCACGAACAUCGUCAAGGCCGUGGCUGGUGUGUUACCCGCCAUUGUGCUGGCCAUCCUGCUGGCGCUUGUCCCUGUCGUCCUCGACCUUCUGGCGGAAUUUCAAGGAGAGAAGACGGGAUCCUUGAAGUCAGAAAUGGUCCAGAUCUAUUAUUUCGCCUUCCUCUUUACCCAAGUCUUCCUCGUUGUCUCUAUUGCAGCAGGUACCUUCCAGGUCCUAGAGGAGCUGGGGAAAAGUCCGCAGGAAACGCCUAACAUUCUAGCCCAGAACAUUCCCAAAGCUGCUAACUACUUUUUCUCCUACAUGAUUCUCCAGGCUUUGUCCACGAGUUCGGGUACCUUGCUGCAGAUCGGAACACUCGCCGUUUGGUAUUUCUGGGCUCGGAUCGUCGACAACACAGCGCGGGCAAAGUGGGUUCGGAACACGCAGCUCCCGCACAUCAACUGGGGCUCCUUCUUCCCCGUGUACACGAACUUCGCCUGCAUCGCCCUCAUCUACUCUAUCGCCGCGCCCAUCAUUUCCAUCUUCGCCAUCAUCACAUUUGGUCUUCUAUGGGUUGCUCACCGGUACAAUAUGUUGUACGUCACGCGCUUCAAGACCGACACCGGCGGUGUGCUUUAUCCACGAGCAAUCAAUCAGACAUUCACCGGACUGUAUGUCAUGGAGCUUUGCCUCGUGGGUUUGUUCUUCUUGGCUCAGGAUGAGAACAACAAGCCAGCCUGCAUUCCUCAGGCUCUGAUCAUGGUUGUCACACUCUUUCUCACCGCGCUGUACCAAUACAUCCUUAAUGCGUCGUUUGGUCCGCUGUUCCGGUACCUGCCCAUCACCUUUGAAGACGAGGCUGUCCUCCGCGACGAAGCUUUCCGACGAGCACAGGAGCGCCGACUCGGCCUCUACGACGAUGAUGAAAAUACCCAUCUCAACGGCGUUAACGGCACCGGCGAUGGCGAGGACAUUGAGCUCGAGAAAAUCGGCCAACACAAACGCUCCCACUCCCGAACGGGGACCGUCAUGUCCAAGAUGACCCACGCGGGACAGUGGGCUGCCAAGGGCGGAAAGCAGAUUAGACGUGCUACUGGCAAGACUAACCAGGCGAUCCGCACCGCGGCCGACUACCGCAAACAGAAGCGGCAAAAGGACCUCGAGGCUCAGCGCGCGAUGGGUGAUGCUUUGUACGGGGGUUAUUGUGAUGCUGUGGAGGACUUGACGGCGGAGGAGAGGGAUGUUUUGGUACGCAAGGCGUUUCAGCAUUCGGCGAUGCGGGCGAGGAGGCCGAUUGUGUGGAUUCCGAGGGAUGAUUUGGGGGUGAGCGAUGACGAGAUUGGGAGGACGAAUGAGUUUAGCCAGUAUAUUUCGAUUACGAACGAGGGGACGGCGCUGGAUAGCGAGGUGAGGGUGGUGUAUGGGAAGAAUCCGCCGGACUUUUCGGAUGUGGAUUUGAUUAACCUAUGA